CUCAUCAGUCGUCUUCUAAUACUCUUUCUGAUUCACUUAAAAUGUGCCGUCUUGCCGUUUUUGCUCUUCUCGCCGUCGCCGCUGUGUCUGUCUACGGACAACCAGCCGGAGGUCAAGAUGUUCCACCAUUCCUUCGUAAUGCCACUCCAGCUCAACUUCAGAGCUUCCAACAGCUCAUUCAAGCCAACGGUCAUUUGACUGAGACCGCUCUUGACGGAAAGGUCCAAGCCUGGGUUAACCAACAAGGAGGAAAGGUUGCUGCUGACUGGGCUGACUUCCAAAAAUUCAUCAAGGGACAACAGGGACAAGCUGAGGCUGCUCAUCAAGCCGCUGUUUCCAACUUCUCUCCAGCUGCCAAGAAAGCCGAUGCUGACCUUACCGCCAUCUCCAAUGACAGCUCCCUCUCUGUUCAAGCCAAGGGACAAAAGAUCCAAGCCUACCUCAACUCCCUCCCAGCUAACGUCAAGGCUGAGCUCGAGAAGGCCCAAGGACAAUAAGUGCUGAUCAACCAAAGAACCUCUCAAUUUUUUUUUGUAAAUACCCUCACUCAUUCUCUCGUUCUCAUUCGAUUGAUUCCCUUUUUGCCCAAAUGAGCUCUAAUUCUAAUAAAAAUCGUGAUGCUCUUC